AUCCGGGACGAAUGGACACUGCAGCUGGAGGGUACUCUCAAGACCCUCCUCCAGCUUCUGAGAAACCCACAUCGAACAAUAUCCGGCUCAAAUCUCUCCAGGAGGUGUCAAUUCGUCCCAUCUCUUUCACAGCCCCACAGAUUCCAACCUUGUCAAGACUGACAACAUUUGAAGAAAGGGAUGCGCACAGACCAUCUCAAGGUUGCCUGUGAAAGGUCAAUUCGAAAGCAUCCAUCUGCGGGCGCGUACUUAACGCUUGAGACGCGUCUUCGGCCGUCGACAUCAUAUCCCAAUCCUCUCUUUCUCCAUUCAGUUGAAUCCAGAAUGGCUAAGCAGGUCAAAGUCACAGAAUACCAGACACGCGUCUACACCCUUCUGCAGCAAAUACCCGAAGGACGCAUCACAUCGUAUGCUGCCCUAGCAAGAGCGCUGAAUUCGUCCCCCCGCGCCGUCGGAGGUGCGCUACGCAACAAUCCAUUCGCGCCCGAAGUUCCUUGUCAUCGAUGCAUUGCAAGUACAGGUGUAUGUAGACAAUUUCCCCACGACGGAGUCGAUCGCGAGCUGACAGGGCAGCAGUUUGUCGGAGGUUUCAAGGGCGAUUGGGAAAAGGUCCCGAGCGGUCAGAAUCAGGUUUCGAAGCUGAAGCUGCUUGCCGAUGAAGGUGUGAAAUUCGAUGCGAAGGGGAGGUUGGUGGAGAAGUGGCGGUGGUGGAACGAUUUCGAUGUAGACAAGCUAUGAGCCGUGGAACUACUCUGCAGAUUCACGCAACAGUCGAGGGGAAUAAGAGCUCUUUUUACUCCCGAAAUCAUGACAGUUGACCACUGCACGCACCGACACGCAAGAGAAAAGCGGCAAUGCUGGAGACAAAUGAGUGCUGGAGAAAAGUGAUGCACGGCCCACUUGAGCUCUCUCUCGAGACUAUUGACGCGAUGCCUCCCAAACGCAAAGACCUUCCGAAGGCCAAUCCAAAAACCAGAGCCAAGGAGCCCCAAUCCGA